AAUCUUAGAUAAGCUGUAACUUCAGAGUCAAAUAGGAUGUGAGCAUUGGGGAUGAUGCUGGGACUGUCUCGGGCGUCGCGGGAUUUCGAACGUUGGGAAUAAUGACUUGUAGUUGUUGUGGAGUUGGUGUACCUGGUAAUGAUCGCGUGAAAUCCAUCAGUUGUAAACGUUCUAAAGGUUGUGAAGGUUGUGAAGUUCAAAGUCGAGACAGUAAAGAAGGGUAUAAGUGUAACACUGCGUAGUUGACUGUGUGAGCAGUAAAUGGAUGUUAGUGGUUGUGCAUUGUGUAACGAAUGUCAUUGACAACUGUUAUUUCUAGACAAUAAGUUGAUUUAGGUAGAAUAAGGUAGUAUUGUAAGUGAAUUAAAGUAACUUAAUGGCACCAACGUUAAGUAAAUUUGUUACGAAGAGAAAUGUGGCAGGAGCAGUGUCAAUUUCUUUGCUCUAUUGGUUACUUCGCAUGCGAAGAAACAGUAAAACAACAAGAAUCUCUGUGCAUAGUGAAGUCCAGUAUGUGGUUGGUGAAAAAUCUCCCCAGAAGUCGAAAGCACGUGUGGAUGCAGUCUUCUUCCGUCAGUUACGUCAUAUUUUGUCAAUUGUGAUCCCAGGUCUGUUCUCAGCAGAGGUUGGGUUCUUGUGUCUUAUUGCUUUGGCACUCAUAUCUCGUUCUCUCUGUGAUCUGUGGUUGAUCCACACCAGUACCUACAUAGAAAACGCAAUUGUCAACGGAGAUAGGAAAUUGUUCAUAUCGAAAUUGAUUGUUUUUAUAACUGCAAUGCCUGUGAUCUCUUUGGUGAAUAAUAUAUUAAAAUACAGUAUCGGGGAAAUGAAACUUCGGUUAAGAACAAGACUAACACAGUAUCUGUAUGACCAGUACCUCAAGGGAUUUACGUAUUAUAAGAUGAGCAAUUUGGACAGCCGCAUAUCAAAUGCAGAUCAGCUGCUCACCACAGAUGUGGACAAGUUUUGUGAUACAGUAACAGACUUGUACUCAAACAUCAGCAAACCACUGCUUGACAUUGUUAUAUAUGUAUAUAGGCUUACCACACAGCUUGGAGGAAAGACACCAUCUUUAUUGCUUGCCUACCUCAUCAUCGCAGGGUGGUUCUUGACAUAUCUGCGUCGACCAACUGGCCGGAUGACGGUCACUGAACAGAAGUUGGAAGGAGAGUUUCGGUACAUCAAUUCCCGUCUGAUAACAAACUCUGAAGAAGUUGCCUUCUAUCAAGGAAACCAGCGGGAAAAGCUAAUUCUUCUAGCAUCAUUUGAAAAGCUGACCAGUCACUUAAGAAAAUUCCUGGAGUUCCGUGUUGGAAUGGGAAUUAUGGAUAACAUAGUUGCAAAAUACAUUGCAACUGUGGUUGGUUUUUAUUCAGUGAGUAUUCCCUUUUUUGCUGUUGGGCACCCACUAUUGGCAGGAUGUGGGAAGGUAGAAAGAUUCAGGCAUUAUUAUGAGUCUGGUCGGAUGAUGGUAAAACUGGCAGAGGCAAUCGGACGACUGGUUCUCUCUGGCAGAGAUAUGACACGGCUUGCUGGCUUCACUGCACGUGUCACAGACCUGAUAAAGGUUCUGAAAGAUCUCGGUGAAGGCCAUUAUGUCCGAACAAUGGUGGGAAAUACAGGCUCUGUAUGCAACGGCAUAGAUGAGGGACUGAUUAGUAGCAGAAAGCAGCUCUCUAUGCCCCUUAUCCCAGGGUCAGGAAGGAUCAUCUUCCAGGACAACAUAAUCCGUUUUGAUAAGGUUCCACUGGUGACACCUAAUGGUGAUGUUUUGGUGGAUGAACUGACCUUUGAGGUUCGCUCAGGGAUCAAUGUACUGGUUUGUGGGCCCAAUGGAUGUGGAAAGAGUUCACUUUUCAGGGUUCUAGGAGAGCUGUGGCCACUGUUUGGCGGCACACUUACCAAACCACCAAGAGGAAAACUUUUCUACAUUCCACAGAGACCAUACAUGACACUGGGCACACUGCGUGAUCAGGUGAUCUAUCCUCAUACACGUGAAGAGGCAUUACAUAGGGGCCAGACAGAUGAUGACCUUGCAAGCCACUUAGAACGUGUCAAAUUGUCCUACCUGCUCUCUCGUGAAGGAGGCUGGGAUGCCAUUGCAGACUGGAUUGAUGUGCUCUCUGGUGGAGAAAAACAGAGAAUAGCUAUGGCUCGGUUAUUCUACCACCAGCCACAGUUCGCAAUUUUAGAUGAAUGUACGUCUGCUGUAAGUGUAGAUGUAGAAGGCAGCAUGUAUCAGUAUUGCCGGGAAGUUGGUAUUACACUUUUCACUGUCAGCCAUAGACGUUCACUCUGGAAGCACCAUGAGUACUAUCUUCAGAUGGAUGGACGAGGAUCUGUUCAAUUUAAACCAAUAGAUACCGACACAGAAGAAUUUGGAUCAUGAAAUUAAUUGGGUAAUUGGGUGAAUAAUUUGUGUGAAUGUUUUGUGGUGAAGUGCUUUAUGAAAAGGAAAGGCAAACUUACCAUGUCAUAAAAUAGUGGGAGAAUGUACUCAAUUUUGAACAUUUAUUUUUUUAUUAUAUUGGAGUUUUAAUGUUUGAACUUGAGACCCCUUAUCAGAGCAGAUUUUUUUAACUGUUGUGAAGUCUCUAGCGUAAUAUUAAGAUUAAUCUUAAAAAUCAUGCUGACUUCUUGUUUAGUUCAGUUUAACAUUUCAUGCCAUUGUAUAAUGUAUCUAUCCAUACAAUAUGGAAUUUGUUCAUGAAUAUAGAGUUGAUAGUAGGUGUACACUGGGUGUAUCACACAAAAGAAGCAAAUGCACAUUGGUUCUUGAAGAACGUGUGUAUAUAUAUAUAUACACACACAUACAUACAUACAUACAUACAUACAUACAGAGUGUCUAAAAAUGAUGGUAGGGGUUCGAGAACCAACGUUUAGAAAAAUGAGAAACGUAUUCAACAAAUCACUAUUUUAUUUCAUAGUGUUCCUUAAAUAUUCUUGAACAUAAUUAGUAAGUUUCCACAUGUCCACCGUUCAUGACCCUGCAUAUAUGCAAUCGAUAUUCCACUUCUUGCCAUACACGCUGUGGCAUAUCUCUUGUUACCUGCUCAGCAGCUUCUCAUAAUCUUGCUUUCAAGUAAUCAGGUGUUGAAUUUUUUCCAUAUAAACAUAAUCCUUUACAUGGUCCCAGAAAGAAAGAAUCAUGUGGUGUCAAAUUGGAGCUCCAAGGUGGUCACAGAAUUGAAACACCCUUGCCAGUCCAUCUUCCAGGAAAUGGUGCAGGGUACUAAACUGGGGAGUGAGGGAAUGUAGUGGUACAACAUAAUGACCCUGGUGGCCACACAUGAAACUAUUUGAGUGGAGGAAUAUGAAGGUACAACAUUCAGUGUGAUGCCUUAUGUGUGUUUCAAGACAGAGCCUUCUGAACCCCAUUAUUAUUUUUCAGGCACAGUGUAUGUACAUAGAUACAUAUAAACAUACAUAUACAACUGAGAGGAGAAGAGAAAUGUGAUGUGAAAGGUGGAAGUAAAAAUGAACAUAAAGUAUACAGUAAUAGGUCACGCUGCUGUCCUGCCAUUGUUACCACUUGUAUGGUGAUGAAAUUUUACUUAAGCUGAUUAGCUCUGUAAAAAACUGUUCAUCUAUAUGACAGGGUUUUCCUACUGUAUUGCUUGACAGGCCUAUUUCUGGAGUGUGAAUCUCACAUCCAUCUUGUGCCAAGGUUAAAAUUGGAUGGAGCCUUAUCUCCACUUCGCCAUUGUGAUUCUUAAACACAGAGGCAACUUGAUCUUUAUUUUCUACUGUAUUAUUUAUGCCUUUUUAUUUUACAUUUUCUUUGAAUGAAUUGUAUUCUAGAACAGAUUGUUUUAGCUGAAGAAGUUGAAAAGAGGUAAAUUGUCUACGAGUAUUUAAUGCCUGAAGGUGAUGUAAUGUUUCCUCUACGGUUUACAUGUUCAUGCUAAGAACAAAAUAUGGUAAAUCAGAUGAGUGCUUCUCUGCAUGUUCUUGGUAUUUGACACCAGUAAAAGGACAUCUCUUAACACUUUAAUUUAAACAUUUGUAGCAACCUGCAGACUUUCUAUGAAAAUGUAAAAGGAAAAUGUGCUGAAGUUCUCAAUAUGAGAAGGGUCGGAAUAUGCCCCUUUCAGUUAGAUGGUUUGUAGAAGUUUUAUAGCAUCUUACACUCUUUCCAGUUCCAUGUAAGGAGAUUUACUUAUUUAAGUUCUUUAUUAGUUCUCUAGAAAUAUUAGAUAAUUUGGUAUAUAGUGGCAUUCAUGUUUCAUUUUAACAUCACACUUGGGAGUAUAGGACUCAGUCCUGAUUCCUAAGUACUUUAAUUGUACAUUCAAAUUUUAACCCUGCAUUAUGAAUGGAUCGUAACAUCCUAACAUUUUCUUGUUUUAAACAGUUUCAUUGUUUUCUGGCUCAGUGAUUUAUUUAAUUUUCCUCUGUUGUUACUACCACUGCCACUGCAGCCACUGCCUCCAGUACUGCUGUGUAGGUCAUUCAGAAAGUAAAGACCAUUUUCCUAUAAAAAAUAAAUGAAUAAAUUUAAAAAAUUGUAUUUUAUGCCAUUACUGCAGAUAUUAAAUCGUUCCACCAGCUUCGUGGCAGUCGCCAAUGUUUCGUUUGCAUCUGCAUUCACAUAUUGAUUUGCAAGUCUCAUGCUAUGCCCUCUGUCAACAGAACCCACUAAACAUAGUGUAUGCUAGAUUUACAGAUUCUGAAUGAUAUACCGAACUUGGCAGCCAUUAGCAGUACAAGAGCAGGCAAAUAAGUGUGAAGACUAAUUUUUAAUUUCAUGCCGGACAAUCUGGUGAUGCUUUUACUUGGAAUGUUAGGCGAUACAACAAGACAGAGCUCAGAUGGAAGGUUUUGAUAAGGUAUUUAUUGAACAGUAGCUUGUUAGACGACUGUCAUCAACUUGGUGCAAAUGUGAAAAUGGAGCAUAUGAUGGAACAGAGAAUGAAUAUGCAUUUUUGUGUUAAACUGCAGAAAUCACCAAGUGAAAUGUUAAGAGAUGUUAAAAUCAGUUUAUGGUGAAUCCCCUGGCCAAAGAAGCCAUGAAUGUCAAAAUCCAAAAUCAAAAUAAUCUUGAUCUGAUUUUUUGACAUUAGGGUAUCAUUAACUUUGAUUUUGUACCUAAAGGGUCCACUGUUACUUAGACAUUCUUCAUGAAGGUGUUGAAAAGACUUAUGAUGCCAUGAGGCACAAGUGAGGAGAGUUACGGAGAGAUAGGUCAUUGAUUCUUCACCACGACACUGUGAUGGCACAUUCCUCACUUCGUGUGUCACAGUUUUUAGCAGGAAAAGUCAUCUCUGCCAUUGUACUCUCCUUUCUUGGCUCCAGCUGACAUCUGGCUCUUUCCAGAACUCGAGUGUACUGAAAGGAAAGGGUUUCUCUGAUGUUGAGGACAUUUAAAUCAUCCGUGAAAAAAUGUUGAUAGACAUUCCUGUUCAGGAUUUUAAAAACUGUUUUGAUCAUUGGCAGAAGCAUGGGGAACAUUGUAAAGAAUUGGAAGGAGAUCACAUUGAAAAAUUAUAGGUUGCUAAUAUCUGCAGCUCUUAAAGUAAAUUUUUAAAAAAUUAGCCAUAUUACUUAUUUUGCCUGACCUUGUGUGUCUUGCCUGGAUGGUAUACAGCCCUUCCAUAGAGUCAAGGAGUGAUGUAUUGCUAUGUUUGAUUUGGGGGGCGCACAUUAAAACUUAGUUAUUCAUAUACUGAGUUGCUGUUUAAAUUUUUAAAAGUUUUGGAGGGCCUUGAAUUUUAUUCCUCUUUUACUGUCAUAAAUGAAGUUUUGUAUUACUUCAGCUUUUCCAAUUGCAAAGUUCUUGACAGAAAAGCAGUAAACAGCAGGUAGUUCUUUGAAUAGUACCAUGUAAAUGUUGGCUAUUGUAUUAUACCCAUCCACAUAAACUUAACUUAAAGCAUGUGAAUUUCAUCUACUGACAUUUUCCUGCUACUUAAGUCUAAAAUGACAUGCCAGAGGACAAGAACUUAUCAAAAUUUUCUGCUGUGCAUAUUUCUUCAUUUUAUUUACUGUUAGCUGCAUAAUAGCUGUAUCAAGACUGCUUUCAAAUAUGUCCACUGUAUCACAAAUUAGAUCUGUCAAACUGUGGACCAUGGAUACCACAAAUUGUUUCCCAUACUGCAGAUAAUGUGCUAGUAUUUUGCCACACAAACUUCAUUGGCGUACCUCCUAUUCAUACACCGUGUGGCACAGUUGUUUGUUCAUUACCAUCAUUUACACUGUAACUGUCACUAAUUGCGCAUGCUCACGGAGUCACUAAUUGGAUGUAAUCAUCAUCAGAGCCACUAUUAUCACCUGAGCUACAUUGCCCAGAACUUCGUUUACAACUUCACUAAUUUUGAACUCUGUAAGUGCACAGCUGGUUGAUGGCCUGGCCAUGAUGAUUGUGAUGUCAGAUAUUUAGAGUCUCAGUUGUCAGCUGCACAGUAACUAAGGUCACUGAUACAUAAACAGAGAGGUCAUUCGUUUUAUCAUUUCUUGAUGCAGAUCCUAUCUCAAUUGAAUAUUUCAUUCCCCAGUGUUAGGGCAGAGAAAUUAAGCAUGCAGUUGAGUCUACUGUAUACAUGAAACCAUGAAUAAGACAUUUAAAUGCCUGACUUACAGCAUACAUGAAACCACACUGAAAGAUUAAAUGUUGAAAAUUUUCAGAAAUUUUGUUUUUCUUUUGCCUGUUGCCAUUCCACUAGUGCUUCAUUUUCACCACCCCUGAGCUUUCAUUUCUUAUAACCAGCCAGCAUAACAUCACACCAUGUACUCUUAAGUAUGAGGGUAUAAGCAUGGGAUUCACUGAACUCUGUAUUUGAACUUGAAGUGUUUUUAGUUGCUUGUCAAAAAUUAGAUCUUGCAAAGAAAUAAAAUAAGAUCAUAAAGCUGUUUAAAAUUAUGUCUUCAGUGGUUAAGAAAAAUUAUUAAUAUUUUACAUUUCUCUUCUGUGUAGGUCAAAUAUUUGGAUGAGUAUGAUAUAUUUUACAAGAGCUUUCAGUUUUCUUUCCUUGUUACUUGUGCAUGAAGUAGAUAUGCUGGACUUCUUAAGUGAGGUUAAGUACACCAUUGUUUUGUGCUGGGUUGGACAUUUCACCAAAGUGUAUGUAUACGUGCAAUAUAGGAACUUUAAUUUAGUCUAUUAAAAGGGUUAAUAUUGGAAAUACGGUAUAUGGGAAGUUUAUAAGUUACUGUCAGUUGUUAAGCCAUGAAAUUAUUUCCUCAGAGAUUGUUGAAUUUGUGUAUUUGGAUGUGUACACAACUGUUGAAAUUUACUUGGCCAUCUUUGAAGGCAACUAUGUAUCAAGUUUUGUGACUUGAAAUACAAUUAUUUUAGCAUUUUGUAAACAUUUAGUUAUUUAUUCUAUCUCUGUUUUAUGUACAGUGAACGCUGCGUUUUGGAAUCAGGAAUAAUGUUUUCAUUCAUGUAACAUCACUUUUAUGAAGUCCCAGUUAGAUAUAUACUACUAAUACAUAGAAAAACCAACAUUUAUUAUAAUCAGUGCUGAGUUAUUGUUAUCACUUUUUUUUGCCUUAUCAUGGCCUUGAGGCCUGUGCAGUGGAAGUGAUUACAUAACAUCCUAGUCUGUUCUUGAGCUCUGACAUGAAUAUGAACCUUCUCAGAAAAGACAAUAGAAUUUUUCUAAUUCUUAAGUUUGGUAUUUUUGUUGUUUGUUUUUAAUGGUAUAUACAAAUUUCCAGAAACAAUGUUGAUGACUUUCUGAUAGAAAUAGUGGAUAGUCAGUUUAAAUUAUUUUAUAUUUCUCGAUUUUAAAGUUUUAUUUCUGUCCACUUCCACCAUUUUAUGUACACAUUUCCACUCUGCAUAAAUAAAGAAUGCCAAACAGCCGCA